AUGCAAGCUACUGAUAACACACCCGAGGCAGUACUGAACCUUCAAGCUUUGCUGCAUCCAUUCGUCAAACAGAGACAAGAAGCUGGUCAUAUACGGCGUCUCUUGGCCAGUCAUCUGAGUUUUGGUCUGCAUUCGGUAGAGCUAGGUACUACAUGCACAGUUCAUCAACCCUUGGCGCUCGUCGGGUCUUCUGUCGAUAUUGACGCUGCUCCACACAGCAUCAAAGGUGUUCAUAAAGAGUACUUGCGCCAGGCUCGAGCUAAUGUCAAGGCAAAGAGCGAAUUCAACGCAGCAAGCGAAGCAGCUCAGCAUGAGUCGACGAAUGACAAUGAUUCUAAAAUCGAGAUCCAAAGCUCCUUAGAGCCUUACCUAGAAAUGGUCAAGAAGCAGCAAACACACGACGUUCUGACCAUUAAUCAAAACUACAUUGAUACAAUAAGCAAACGACCAGCUGCUUCAGUUCAACGUUUUGAUCACAAUGAAGUUCUUGUGGAUAUUGGGUCCUUACCCGAGAUCCCUUCAGAAGUUCUGAAACCCCACGAGAACUCGCGAGAGAACGGGGUUGUUGAUUUAGCUACCCUUGUUGAUCAUCUUGAAAAGUCUGUUCUUCGUGCCAAACUGCUUUUGAAAAGAGAGCAGAAGCUUCUAUAUAAGGUCAGGGCUGAGAAUGAUAUGGCGAAUCAUACCCAUACCUCCCGACUUCAAGCUCUGGGAACUGCUCGAAACGAGUUAAUCAGUUGGAUCGAGACUGAGCUUUCACAGGCAGGAGAUAGCGCAGCAGACACCGACGAGAAUCACCUCCUUUCCGACUCGUUUCGCCAAGAUCACCUCGACUCUCAGCUCUCAGUCAUCGGUCGUCAAUACACACAAUAUGCGAAGUCACGACAAAGUCUAGUCACAACAGUCUCUGAGAUUCUUACUCCAACAAUGAAUCGUACAACUCAUGUUCCCCCCGAAGCCAUUAAGACCUUUGAGGACUUCAGUGCUUGUAAUUACACAGGCGAGGUCACACUCCCCUAUCUGAAGAACUUGUUACUUGUAUCAAAUCAGCAGAAGGCAUUGGCUCAACAAAAAUCGAACCUAACAAUAAAUCUAGCUAAGCAAUUGAAAGAGGCUGGGUUACGACUCGAACGCCUUGCGGAAGAGAGCCAUUUGCUCCCAGCAUAUCCAAUAUCUUCGAAAUCCAUUGUACGUCAAGGGCGGGCUACUGGAAGCUCAUUUGCAAGCGACCUAUCUGCUUAUGAGAAGCCAGAUUUUGCCAGACAUGCUAGAGCUUGGGCACAUUCUUCAGCGUCCGUUGCUACUAGUACGAAAGCUGCAAUUCUGGACAAGCUAGAAAGCGGAAGUGCGUCUGUUGAUGAAACUCGUCUCGCUUUGUUUGAGCUCCGGCAUCUUUUAGGUGAGGUAGUGGAGGAGUCUCGUAGCGGAGCCGAGAUGACAGGACAUCCAAUUAUCGUGGGAAAACGUGAAAGAGUUGACAUAUGGGCCACAAUUGAGGGUUCGCUUGGAGCUAUCAAGCAAGAUAACGGAGAUACGUCGUAA